AUGGAGGAAAAGGUCGCUGAGCCCGCCGUGGCCACCACCACCGCCGUCAACGUGGGUGACGCCGAGGAAGCGCUUGCCCAUGUCAAGAACAUCAAGAAGCAGCACCAAUGGGACCCCAACCUGCCCACCGAUAUCUACGACGAGAUCGACGAGGCCAUGCACGCCGAUGGCACCACCACCGUGGGCAUCGCCACCGAAUUGAUGGAAAACUCCCCUUACCCCGAAGUUCGUGCUGCCGUCCCCAACUUCGACGAAGGUGGUCACAGCAACACCAUCCGUGCUUGGGUCAUUGGUUUGAUUCUCGCGACCAUCGGUUCGGCCUUGAACAUGCUGUUCUCGAUGCGCAAUCCCUACAUUGUCAUCCCCAGUUACGUCGCUCAGGUCGUCGCAUACCCCAUUGGUAAGGCUUGGGAAAAAGUUAUGCCCAAUCGCGAGUACUCUCUCUUUGGUCUCAAGUUCAACCUCAACCCCGGUCCCUUCAGCAAGAAGGAGCAUGCUUUGACUGUCAUCAUGGCCAAUGCCACUUUCAACGGUGGUGCUGCCUACGCUACUGAUGUGCUGCUUGCUCAACGUGCCUUUUAUGGUCAGAACCUUGGUUGGGCUUUUGAGAUCUUCAUGUGUAUCUCCACCCAGAUGUUGGGAUUCGGUAUCGCUGGCUUCUUCCAUCGUUUCCUCGUUACCCCCGCUGCCAUGAUCUGGCCCUCGGUUUUGAUCAACUGCAGUCUGUUCACUGCCCUCCACGAUCAUCGUCGUCCUGACCCCAGCAAGACAAGUGGUUGGAUCAUUGGCAAGUACCGUCUUUUCUUGUACACCAUGAUUGCUUCUUUCGUUUGGUACUGGUUCCCUGGUUUCAUCGCUCCCUUCUUGAGUGCGUUCGCUUGGGUUACCUGGAUCCGACCCAACAGCCCUGUUAUCAACCAGUUGUUUGGUGGAUGGACUGGUCUGUCGUUGAUUCCUAUUACCUUCGACUGGACUCAGAUUUCUGGUUUCAACUUUUCUCCCCUGAUCACCCCCUGGUUCGGUAUUGCCAACACUUUGAUUGGUAUGGUUGCUUGGUUCUGGAUCGUCACUCCCGCUAUCCACUACAGCAAGCUCUACUACAGCGAGUACUUGCCCAUCAGUGACUCCAACAGCUACGACAACACCGCACAUCGUUACAACGUCAGUCGCAUUUUGAACCCAGACUACACCUUCAACUUGCAGAAAUACGAGGAAUACUCUCCCCUUUUCCUUUCUACCACAUUCAUGUUGUGCUAUGGUCUUUCCUUUGCCACCAUCAUUGCCGUCCUCGUUCACACUGGUCUUUUCCAUGGAAAGGAACUGUGGAUCCGUUUCAAGACCGUUGGUAAGGAAGAAGAAGAUGUCCACGGUCGUCUCAUGGCUCGUUUCAAGACUGUUCCUCUCUGGUGGUAUGGUGCCAUCACCCUCAUCAUGAUUGGAAUGUCUCUCGGCGUUAUUAUUGGCUAUCCCACUCAUCUCACCUGGUGGGCUUUCUUCGUGUCCUUGAUCAUCUGCUGCUUCUGGUUCGUCCCUUGCGGUAUUGUGCAGGCCACAACCAACAUCCAGAUUGGUCUCAACGUCAUUACCGAGUUCAUCAUCGGAUACAUGCAGCCCGGACGCCCCAUGGCCAUGAUGUUGUUCAAGACAUAUGGUUACAUUUCCAUGUACCAGGGAUUGUUCUUCUUGCAGGACAUGAAGCUUGGUCACUACAUGAAGGUUCCUCCCCGUGUCACCUUUGCUGCUCAGAUGAUUUCUUGUCUCUGGUGCUCCGUUGUCCAGAUCGCCGUCAUGAACUGGGCUCUAGGCGCUAUUACCGAUGUCUGCUCUCAGGAUCAAGCUAACCACUUUAGCUGCCCCAACGGUCGUGUCUUCUUCAACGCUUCCGUUAUCUGGGGUGUCAUUGGACCUCAGCGUAUUUUCUCCCCUGGCCAAAUGUACUCCAACAUGAUGUGGUUCUGGCUCGCUGGUGCUGCUCUCCCUGUCAUCAUCUACUUUGGUGCCCGUGCCUGGCCCAAGUCCCCCAUCCGCUACCUCAACGCCCCCAUUAUCUUCGGUGGUAGCGCUUUGAUUCCUCCCGCUACUCCUCUUAACUAUCUCUCCUGGGGUAUCGUCGGUUUCGUCUUCAACAAGUUCAUCCGUGACCGCUGGAGAGGUUGGUGGAUGCACUACAACUACGUUUUCAGUGCUGGACUGGACGUCGGUCUUGCUUUGUCGACCAUAUUGAUCUUCGUGGCCUUGUCGCUGUGGAACAUCGAGAUGCCCGAGUGGUGGGGCACCGAUAUUGCCGCCAACACCUUGGAUGCGUCAUAUAAAGCCAUUCAGGUGACCGGAGUCAAGUUCGGACCUUCCACUUGGUAA